AUGUUGAGUGGACAGAAACCCUGAGAGACACUGAUGUCCUCUGAUGUCCACACCAGUCUGACCGCACUGUUUCCUGUUGGAAUGUAACGUCACCUGGACAGGCGGAAUGCACCGAGACACCAGAGCAGAGACAGAUGAGCAGGAUCGAGCUGAAACUCUCACGUCUCUGUUUACAAGAAGACAGAGUGCCAACACCUGACUCAUUUUCCACAGAGCUCUCAGUUCACAUCAUCAGAUUUCACUGCCGUGGUCAGCUGAAACAAACUGCAUGCUGGGACACCGUACAUGUUGAGCUGACCCUCCUGAGCUCGUCUGUUCAUCUAGUCGCUGAGUGGUUCCAGCCGGAAUGCCUCGAUGGAAAGGGUUCUUCAGUCAUUACCUGCGAUGGUCCAACACCGUCACUCAAGCCCUCGUCCUGUCCGUCGCCAUGUUUUGCAUCGUCCUCCCUCUGUGCUGCCAUCGGCUGCUGUACUCUUACUUCUUCAUCAGGUCCAUGUACCUGGACUCCAUGAGUGAGGAGGUCCUGCAGGAAAGCCUCGCCCGAGGCCAGGAUGCGCUGCGCUUCUGGCAGAGUGCUUCCACUGCAGCAGCGGUGUCUUCCAGAUUCACUGACAUCACCCAGCAUCCUGAGCUGCUAGUUACCGUGGUAACAACCAGGCGGAAUGAGGGAUGGGACUUCCACUACCUGCUCCAGGUGAUGCGGCAGCUGAGCAGGAUUCUGGGAAGCUGUGGGGAGCGGCGGUGUGCGGAGGUGUUGGUUUGCGAUGUGGAAAGCGGGCCACAGGAAAACCAGGACGCCAAGAUGCUGGAGGCCCACUUCAGGGUGAUCCGACGUUCCCCUCUGGAGCAGCAGAGGAACAGGGAACGAAUCAACACCUUUGAGAGGGAGAAGAGGGAUUAUGUCUUCUGUCUCCGCAAGGGAUGGGAGCUGGUGAAGCCCAAGAACAUGGUUGUCCUGGAGGAUGAUGCUUUGCCGAUACAGGACUUUUUCGCAGUCGUGAAGGACCUGCUGUCCCGUCGUUUCGCCUUCCAGACUCUUUACAUUAAGCUGUAUCACCCUGAAAGGCUGCAGCGCUACUGGAACCCUGAGCCUUACCGCAUCUUGGAGUGGGUGGGACUCGGGCUGGUCGGAGCAACGGCCCUCCUCCUCACCCUCCCUUACUGGAACCCCUGCUCUUUCUCCUUCACACUGUCGGCCAGCCAUUUCCUCUUCUUCACUCUCUACUUCAUGGCUGCCACAGAGCUGCUGGGGCGCCACUACCUCCUGGAGGUGCGAAGACUAACCCCGCAGCUCUACGCCGUCUCCCCAGCCACAGAGUGCUGCACCCCUGCCAUGCUCUUCCCCGGCAACGCCUCGCUCAGGGUUGCAGAGUAUCUGGACGGCUCAUUCUGUGUCAAGGGAAAUGCGAAAGACAUGGUCAUGUAUCAGAUGGCAAGGACCAUCCCAGGAGAAAGGUCUCACAGCGUGGAACCCAACCUCAUCACCCACAUCGGGGCGUAUUCGUCGGUCAGGGCCAAUCCACCCAGGCCCAAACUCCUCUGACAGGGAGGACACUCAGUGCAACAAGGCUGGAUUUAAUCAGGUUCCUCCUCACCCAGUUUCCUGUCUGCUGUGUCACCUGCCGGACUCUUCACACAGUUGAAGACGUCGCUCAGAGAGUACUGGUUUGGUGUUUAGUUGUCAAAGCAUCAGGUUGAAAACAGAUAGUUGAAAAGUAUUUGUAGAUCUGAAGGUUGCAGUUCACAAGUGUUUUAACCAUGUUUUUCAGUCGUCUGUCUCCCAGAUGUCUGACAGCACAGAAACACUUCUGAUUUUAUCAGUACAGCUGAAUAACAGCUCACAUUUUACUGCGCGUAACAACGACCUGAAGAGUUUAUGCUUCAAGUCUGUCUUCUUGUGUUUCACACUCGGAAGUACAGUGAUUGUGUGUUGGGCCAAGAGCCAAAAUGUGGGUAACCUACACUCAACACAGUACCUGAACACACCAUGUGUGACACUGAAGCUGCCGAAGGUUUACUGUACGGUGAGUGUGAAAUGCUGUUAAACCACUUUUAGGUAAAAUGAUAAAAAUGUUAAUUUUCAACGGGUGUUAGUUUGAUGGUGUUUGACGGAAGUUGGACACCAGCGAAUUGCACAAACCACUCUGAGCUGUGUGUUCAGUUUGGGAUCAAAUCGUCACUGCUGGAAAAAAAAAUAGUUUUGCUGACUUUAUACGUUAUUCAGCUGAGGGGUUUAUAUUCUUCUCUACUGCUGUGGUGAAUCUACUGCCCGAGGUCAUCAGACUGUUUAUUUAAAAAGAUAAAUCAGAUGCUGUCAGUUUCCACAUGAUCAUCACCUGCAGCCCUUUUGGAACAUUCAAUAAUUUUUCUUGAUAUGUUCAUGGAUAGUGGUGACUUAAAGGAUUGUUCACUGCUUGUUCACCCAGACCUUAUUAAAGGGAGACUUUGCAGAUUUUCAGCCUGGCUUGUGUUGCCGCGGUGCAGAGCUCUGAUUCUCUGCCUGAGCUCGAUUUGGCCCGACCCGACCCGCCAUCACAUCCUCACUGUGACCUCGUCACAUAUUGACAUUUUGGUCAUGGACUUUCCAUGUCCACAUACAAUGUGCAUGGUACGCUGAGUGUGUUGGUUGUUGAUGUUCUGGGACACUGUGGCAAGUUCUCUUCUUUCAAGAUAAACUUCUGUUUUCACAGGAAAUUUAACAUUUACCUACAGUCUCUUUCAAAAUAAAAGCACUACAUCAAUACAGUACUGCAAAUGUAAUAUUUUUUUUUCCUUCAACAACUAAAACACGGGCUAGGUUAAUUGGUGACUCUAAAUUGUCCGUAGGUGUGAAUGUGAGUGUGAAUGGUUGUCUGUCUCUAUGUGUCAGCCCUGUGAUAGUCUGGUGACCUGUCCAGGGUGAACCCUGCCUCUCACCCAGUGUCAGCUGGGAUAGGCUCCACCCCCCCGCGACCCUCAAGAGGAUGAAGCGGUUAGAAGAUGAAUGAAUGAAUGAAUGAAUGAACUAAACCCCGCGACCCUCAAGGGGGUUUAGGAAAAAAGAACAGGGUUUGGCUUUAGAAUCUUAGGGGAUGCAAACACCGCUCCCUCGGGUGAAAGUCAGUGUUUGUCAGACCCAUCCACCACCCCUCCCCCCGCCCCACUCAGACUUUUGCCGCCUUAACUUUUGUCCUUGUCCCCCUGCGUUUCCCCCCAGACACUGCCGGGUGCGGUUGAACCACUAAGGCAACAGGCCGCAUAUCAUGCCAACGUUAAAGGGCGCCUUUUUUCAUUGUUUUCUGACGCCACAAGUCACUGGCCACGUGUCGGAUUUUGAUGACUUCAGAGUGAGACCGGGCUGGACCUGCAGGGUUCAGGCUGGGCCGGGCUGUAAUCUCUCAUUAUUGCCCCUGGGCCUGAAUCAGGCCGGGUUCUAGACAAUUAAGCUUUGUUUUCUGUUUGUUUUAAAUGAAACCGACAGUUCUCGUGCGUAAAUUACAGGAGAUUUAUUGGACUCAAUCAGGAGGGAAGGACAGAGACAGAGGGGACUGAGACUGAGAGGGAAAGUGGUGGAACAAUGAAGUAAUAUAGUGGAGAAGAGGAGGAGAAAGAGCAGGCAACGGAGCGAUGGAAACGAGAGGAAGAGGGGCUGCAAGGCGACUUGGUCAGCAGUGUUUUCUUCCGCCUCCCCAACAGCGGGAGAGAUGUGCGUAAUGAGCCCAGUCUCACUACGAAGUCAUAAAAAUCCAGUUCUUGGUCAGUGACCUGCAGCGUCAGAAACCAACAAAAAAGGCAUCCUUUAACAUUGGCAUGAUACGCAGCUAGUUGCUGAUAAAGGCAACAAACACUGACUUUCACCCGAGAGAGCAGUGUAAGAUUCUAAAGCCAAACCCUGUUCUUCUUUCCAAAACCUAACCACGUGUUUUUGUUGUUAAAGGAAAAAACAUCAGUUGGCGGUGUUGUACCGCCGUAGUGCUUUUAUUUUGAAAGAGACUGUAUCAAACUGUACAUUUCCUGUGAAAACAGAAGUGUAUUUUGAAAACAGACAAUGCAUGUAACAGGCUGAAGUUGACACGGCGUCCCAGAACGUCAACAACCAACACACCCAGGGUACCUUGGACGCCAUAUGUGGACGUGGAAAGUCCAUGACCAAACGUGGUCGCGUGCUGUAACACGCAGCAAAGAGCAGUGAUCAUCAUCAGCGUGCAGCAUCACUAUGAACUGCCGAAGGGGGAGUGGCCUCUACUGAACCUGUCGCACAUAGUCUGGGCCGUUAGUGGCCGUUUUGGUAAGGAAACGGAACCAGGGCAAGUGAGACAGUUUGGUGAAUUUGGUGAAUACCGCAUCCGCUCCCUAGACCGGAACCAGAAUCCAGACAAAAUUAAGAGUGAAUAGAUACCAGGCUCUUCGCCUGAAGAGCCUGGUGACGCGAGGCUAGUCGCACAUGAGACAACAGACUAUUGAAAUAAGGGAGAGAAGGAGAAGUGGUGCAAGGAAACACAUAAGCCCUCAGCCUGUAACAAAUGGUUUAAUAUUAAAAAAAAAUAUUUUACAGUAGAAAGCAGCUUUUUGAUUGAGCUCAGACCCAAAUCUGCUGCCAUGGGUCAAGCUGGGGUCAAGCUGGGGUCAAGCUGGGAUCGGGCUCCGACAGAAACUGUGCAGGUUCAUGUAGGUCUUGAUAAUUUUGGGCCGUCAGCUCUACCACUGUGGGGGGAGUGUGUGCAUAUGAAUGGUGUCUGGUUCCCCACCUGUGCCGUCAGCAGGACCUCACUGCUCACACCACAAGUGAAAAUCCACCAGAUGACGUGCUUCAUGUCAUUUCACGUCCACGUCUGGAGGAUUUUGGUUCUCAGAGAGGCGGAAAAGUCGGGUAGCUGGCAGCACACGGGGGUGCCUUAACACCAUUCAUCUGCAUACACUCUCCACACUGCGAAGCGAAGAUACAGUCCUGGGAAAAAACUGGCAAAGUAUUGCUUUAAAAGUGGGGCUGGGGUCUGAUCAAUCCCAGAAACCACCAGCUUUUGGUCUGAUGACGAUAAGCCUGUGGGGGCAACAGACUAUAUUUUGGAGUAUCCAGUCUAGUCAGCAGGUAUCUGAACCAAGACCUCCUCUUUUCUAUAAGUAGAUAUCUGCGAAUGAAUGCAGGUGAUUUUUUUAAAACAUCUCAUAUAAAGUUAAAUUAUUGUCACCCCAUAGCUGACGGGCUCGGUGACCUCUUCGGCUCUCCACACGGACUGUCUACCUGCACUUAAAUAUAACUAAAGUUGGAUAUUGGACAAACAUUCACUCAACACCCAGAGGCCUCUUCUAGGUUUCACUUUGACCCAGUGUCAACACUAGGAGGGCGGUAAGCUCACCUCCUAGCCCUCUCGUCACUGCUGGGGACAGACCUGGACCCGCCAGUCAUACUAUGAAUGGAAAGUGUGUCCGAGCCUUUAUGUUGUGGUUGAAAAACAGUGAACACAUCUUUUAAGAGACAAAUUUGAGGAAGAGGAGCUCAAAGUCUUCACAGUCCUGUCUCUGUGGAUCAGACAUGACUGAUUGAUGGGGCCUCUUUUAUGUCUGAGGACAAGAUGAGAUUGUGAUUGUUUGAUCGUGGCCUUUCUUCUUCAACACUCAUUAUCUGAAUUUCAUUGUAUUUACAGAGAAUCUGUAAAUAGUGAGCGGUCAUGUGACGAUACCCACCUCUGCGAUACCAUAGAGCAAUAUUAACACUGUCACAGUGCUGCUGUUGGAGACGCGACCGCCGCAGCACAACCACACUGACUGUGCCUCAAACUGUAUGUGACCUACAGAGCAAUGACACGACCAAACCUCCACAGUGUCGUGUCGACCUUUACAGCAGCAGUCUGACAUUUUAAUCAAGCUUUUCAUCCUCACACGACACAUUUGCUUUCUAAAACUAGAGCGAUGGCAGAUUUAUUUUUUCAUAUCCAUCUAUGUGUUUUUCAAAGGACUUGUUUUUAAAAUCAGAAUCUCUUUAAAAGGUCUUUAAUAUGUACAUUUGAUUAAUGUCGCAUUGUUCCAAUUUUUAAAUAAUAUCUUCACAUUAAAUGUUAGAGGGAAAAAAGCUUUGAGGUGGAGUGUUUGGCAAAGAGAACCAAGUUCAGCUGGUGCCUGUAAACCUCCCCUAAUCAAAAAUCAGGACUGUGCUGCUAACGGUGGGUUAACACUAGCCUAACAUUUGCUUAAGGCUAGUUUAGCAUUGGCUUAACAUCGGCUUAAUUAUGGCUUGAUGUUAGGUUAACAUUAGCUUAAUGAUAGCUAAACGUUGGUUUAAUUUUGGCUUAAAGUUAGCUUAAGAUUGUCUUAAUGCUGGUUUAGGGCAUUGCUUUGGCGUUUGAGUGCACUGUUGCCAACUCCUCAGUAAGAAAAGUAGCUAUUGGCUUGUCGCUAAAUGAUGUCAUCGCCUAAUUUGCAUAAUUGUCCAUAUGCAUGUAAUUGUAAUGGCUGCUGUAGGAGAGAGGAAUAACGUCGUGGGAGAGACAAAAACUGAGUAAAAAAACACCCUGAAUAUGUUUAGAACUGCAAAUGAACCUUCUUUCAGUGAUUUAUAUCAGACAAAGAAAAUUUUACAUUUACAUUCCGCCCUGACUGUAAACCAGGCCGGGAUCAGCUAGCGGUGGUUCCGCACAUGCGCGAUUCACUUGCAGUCUGGACGUGGAGGGGUUAACAUCUCCUGCUCUGACUGCAGCUGGGAGGGAGGACUGGGCCGUCUGUGAGUGCUUUGGGGCAGGGGAGGAGCCCACGGCAGCAUCCGCUGCUCGUUGAGAAGAAAAACGAUACGUGCUUUCACGUCAGAGUCUCCAAAGGUCUCCAAUAACAGCAGAAAAAGUCGCUAGAUUUGUCGCUAGUUGCUUUUUUGAAAAAGAGUCGCUAGAGGGGUCUGAAAAGACGCUAAAUACAGCGACAAAGUCGCUAAGUUGGCAACACUGCUUGAGUGCGCCUGUUGACGUCUAUUGAAAACUAUGAAUUUCAGGGCACAAAAAGUGCGGCGUGUGUACAGGCUCAAAGAUUUACUAAAAUGUCAGACUGUCUCACUGAAUGUGCCUUUAAUGUUUUUGUCGUUGAACUUUGAGGUUUCUUGCCGUAACAGAACGUUUCCCAGGAAUCAGCUCUGGAGGAAAUGACUCUAAAGUUGGUCAGCUGUGAUAUUUAAAUGCAUUUAAUUUGUACUGACUCAAAUAUAAUAUUUAGAUGAGUGGAAACUCAAAGAGUUGCAGGAAGGAGCUGCCAAGGCCUGUUAGAAUACAAUUCAGUUCAAUUUUAUUUAUACAGCCCAAUAUCACAAAUCACAAUUUGCCUCACAGGGCUUUACAGCAUACGACAUCCCUCUGUCCUUAUGACCCUCACAGCUGAUCAGGAAAAACUCCCCAAAAAACCCUUUAACGGGGAAAAAACAGUAGAAACUUCAGGAAGAGCAACUGAGGAGGGAUCCCUCUUCCAGGACGGACAGACGUGCAAUAGAUGUCGUACAGAACAGAUCAACAUGAUAAAUUAACAGUAAUCUGUAUGUCACAAUCACUACGAAAUGACACCAGAGUCCAAAGUCAGGAGCUCAAACUGUUUUGUGUUUCAGCUCUAAACCGCAAGAGUUUGACUCUAAAAAUCAAAAUAUUAUAAACUGCUUAUUGUUUAAAACAUGGCCGACAGCACAACAUGUAGCACAUGUAAUGACUUUUUUUUAAGAGAAGUGACACCUUCAGAGAGUUUAAAAAGCAAACGUUUAAAUGACCAAUAAGUGUUUCUGAUAAAUAUUCUACUUCCUGUUUUAUUUAGAAAUAUCCACAAAAUAUAAGUUUAUUUCACCCGCGCAUAUUUUAAAGGAAUAGUUCAACAUGUUGGGAAACUUUGGAUCAAACAAACCAGAUAAAUAUGUAAGUGAGAGAGCUUUAAAGGAGCAGGCAGGUUGUUUCCUUUGGACAGAGGCAGGCUAGCUGUUUCCACCUGUUUCCAGUCUUUAUGCUAAGCUAAGCUAACAGGCUGUAGCUUUGUAUUUACUCUUCAGACAUGAGUCAGUGUGAACAUCUGACUCUCAGAGAGAAGAGGAUUCACCUAACUGUGACAGUGGGCCUCAUGCAGAAACAUUCUCUUAGGUUUUCUCUUAUAUUUUCCCUCUCACUCUUAGCGUAGGUCAUGUCACCCUAAACACUGUAUAAGGGCAGGUGUUGUGCUGCGUGCAAAGACUUGACACCAGAUGUCCCCAAAAACAGCUGCAAAGUAAAGGUGAUUUGCUGUGUCAGCAGCAGCGGUGGGGGAAGUAUUCAGAUCCUUUGCUGCAGUAAAAGUACUAAUACACCACACUGUAAAAAUACCCUGCUCCUAGUGAGAGUACUGCAUCAAAAAUGUUACGGAAGUAAAAGUAUCCAAGGGCACAAUGCAGAAUAUUUUAAAUCAACUUAAUAAAAUCAAAAUUUGGGAUGCACCAUUUUAUCGACCGUACAUCACUAUCAGCAGAUAUUCUCCUUGUUGACUGCCAUCGAUGUCUCAGCAAGUUAGAUGACAUUCACCAGUCGCAGUGGUCGAUGUUUUCAUCAUCAGUUUUGUGCAGGUUAUAUCACAGAGCAACCGACAGUGUCCUGUCCCACGAGAUGCCGUCCGAAUGACAGUAUGCAGUAAACUCACUGUCGUCAAGUCAGAGGAACAACAAAUCAUUGAUGACAUCAGCAGGAGGAGAGCUGGUUAGUGUUUGUCGUUAGUGGCCGGUGGCUAGAACUAAUCGCUGGUGGAGGUUACACAGAUGCGGUGUUCAAACGGUGUUGUGUUUACCGUGUUCACAGGAAGAGACUAAAUGAACGCGGUAUUCGCGGCUUCGUUAGUGAAAAUCAUCUGAGAGCUCUGAGGUCCCGACUUCGUGUACCCAAUUCUCCAUGUUGUAAACACGAGCCCAUGAGUUCUAUUUGAAGGCAGCGUGACUUACAUUAUGAUGCUCGCUUCGGUAAAAAUGAGGAUUGGGCGAAGGUUAUUUACAACUCAGGAUGUCCCGAUCACAUUUUUUUUGCAUCGGAUCCGAUACCGAGUCCUUUAUUGUGAAACCGAGUCCGAUCUGAUACUUUGCAAAGCAUUAAGAAAGGAAAAAAAAUGCAUCCAAGUUGUCCCAUAAGGUUUGUUUUUUAUUUAAAUAGUAUCCAAAAAGCUUAUCGGUGGAUCAGCAGCACAAAAUGUAAACAAAUUCAAUAUCUUCUUGUCUUCAACAAACAAAAUAGGCCUGUGUCUUUAUACACUGGAAAGUGGAGGCAACACUGAACAACAUAGAUGAAAAACCUGGCCAUUUUUGUUGUUUUGAUUCCUCCGAUCUUUCGUUACCAAUUCCGAUUUUGUAAAAAUAACGUGAUCGGAGCCGAUACCCGAACCAAUCAGACAUCCCUAAUUACAGCAUUAUCAUGAUGUGUUCAGUGUCAUCUUGUAAAAUGUAGUUUUUAGUCAGAAACGUGAAUAAAACAGACAUGUUUUGAUUUUUUUUUUUACAGCAAUAUAAAAUAGAUAUAAAAGGGGUUUAUAUGGUAAAAUACUUUUAAAGUAGUUAAUUCAAAAUGUUUUUCAUGUGAAAGAAAGGACUGAAUAACUUUUAAACUGUUGUUUUCCAUAAUAAAGAUUUCUUUAUUUUACUGAUAAAAAGGUGGAAAAAAUAACAACAAAAAUUACAAACAACAAAACAAAAAACAGUUCAGGCUGGGCCGGGCUGUAAUCUCUCAUUAUUGCCCCAAGUUCUCGUGCGUAAAUUACAGGAGUUUUAUUGGACUCAAUCAGGAGGGAAGAUUGCAGAUUUUCAGCCUGGCUUGUGUUGCUGCGGUGCAGAGCUCUUAUUCUCUGCCUGAGCUCGAUUGGGCCCGACCCGACCCGCCAUCACAUCCUCACUGUGACCUCGUCACAUAUUGACAUUUUGGUCAUGGACUUUCCAUGUCCACAUACAAUGUGCAUGGUACGCUGAGUGUGUUGGUUGUUGAUGUUCUGGGACACUGUGGCAAGUUCUCGUCUUUCAAGAUAAACUUCUGUUUUCACAGGAAAUUUAGUAUUUACCUACAGUCUCUUUCAAAAUAAAAGCGCUACAUCAAUACAAUACUGCAAACGUAAUUUUUUUUCCCUUCAACAACUAAAACACGGACUAGGUUAAUUGGUAACUCUAAAUUGUCCGUAGGUGUGAAUGUGAGUGUGAAUGGUUGUCUGUCUCUAUGUGUCAGCCCUGUGAUAGUCUGGUGACCUGUCCAGGGUGAACCCUGCCUCUCACCCAGUGUCAGCUGGGAUAGGCUCCACCCCCCCGCAACCCUCAAGAGGAUGAAGCGGUUAGAAGAUGAAUGAAUGAAUGAAUGAAUGAAUGAACUAAACCCUGCGACCCUCAAGGGGGUUUAGGAAAAAAGAACAGGGUUUGGCUUUGGAAUCUUAGGGGAUGCAAACACCGCUCCCUCGGGUGAAAGUCAGUGUUUGUCAGACCCAUCCACCACCCCUCCCCCCGCCCCACUCAGACUUUUGCCGCCUUAACUUUUGUCCUUGUCCCCCUGCGUUUCCCCCCAGACACUGCCGGGUGCGGUUGAACCACUAUGGCAACAGGCCGCAUAUCAUGCCAACGUUAAAGGGCGCCUUUUUUCAUUGUUUUCUGACGCCACAAGUCACUGGCCAAGUGUCGGAUUUUGAUGACUUCAGAGUGAGACCGGGCUGGACCUGCAGGGUUCAGGCUGGGCCGGGCUGUAAUCUCUCAUUAUUGCCCCCGGGCCUGAAUCAGGCCGGGUUCUAGACAAUUAAGCUUUGUUUUCUGUUUGUUUUAAAUGAAACUGACAGUUCUCGUGCGUAAAUUACAGGAGAUUUAUUGGACUCAAUCAGGAGGGAAGGACAGAGACAGAGGGGACUGAGACUGAGAGGGAAAGUGGUGGAAAAAUGAAGUAAUAUAGUGGAGAAGAGGAGGCGAAAGAGCAGGCAAUGGAGCGAUGGAAACGAGAGGAAGAGGGGCUGCAAGGCAACAAAAAUUACAAACAAAACCCCAGCAACAGUACUUUUAGUCGGUCAAUUUAAAAAACAAAUAAACAUUGGUGCAUCACCGAUCAAGAUAACUUUUUUUUUUUUUUAAAGCAGCGGGAGUUCAUAUUCAAGAGGCUGGAACCAUGAAAUAGUUUUCCAUGAAAAAUGACAAACAGUUAUCAAAGUAUUUACAAUUCUUUUUUAAAUAAUUCAACUAAUUGUUUCAGCUGCACUUGAAGAUUUUUAUUUGCUUUGUUUGCAAAAAAACUUAAUUGUUAUUGUAAAGUAAUUCAAUUCAUCAAGUGAAGUACAAAGUGCAGUGUCCCUCUGAAGUGAAGCAGAUGUAUAAAGUGACAUGAGAUCAGAACAAGUAAAGGAAGAGAACCUUAAGUACCAUACUUGAGUAAAUGUACUUAGUUACAUUCCAGCACUGGUCAUCAGAGGGACACACAGUAACAGAAAUUACAGUCAUUGGGAUGAAUGGACCAAGUGUAGCAGCCUUUCUUCAGCCCUCAAAUAAUUUAUUCAUUAUAAACAUAAUCUAAAUUUGAUUAUAUGAUAUUCAUGUAUUCCUUUAUGUUCUUAAGGUUUAAAACUCGUGUUACCUCGAGUUGGACAACAGUUUGUGGAGAGUAAAGACGAGACCUUUUUCUCUUAUCUUAUUAAAAGUGCUUGUAAGAUUUUCCAAGAGAAGAGCAAAAAUAAGAAGCACUGAAUAAGAAAUAAAUGUUUGUUGAAAUAUGGAUAAAUCUUGGAUACAAACAAAAAUAAGAGAAAAUGUGUUGGAGUGGCUGUGUUGUUUCUUGCAUGAGGCCCGGUGUUUCAUGUAAAGCUUAAAAAUCAAACAAAAGUAAUAAUAUUAAUGAGGAAUGUCUGUUUUAUGUAUUCGCUGGACAAUCACAGAUUCGCCUCAAAGAGUUUUACACUCUUUAUGUUUUUAUUACCUCCAAAUCACAGAUAUUGUUUUGGUUUGAGUGAUUAUUUCACUGACGUACUGACAGUCUGUCUAAACUGAUACUAAUUACUUCACUCAAAUAUAUAAAAGAGUUCAUACUGAUUAUUGCUGAAACAAAAACUUUAACUGAACUUUUCUUCAUGUUUAAUUUGGCAGCUCUACAUGAUUUAUUACAACUGACUUGAAUUGUGACUUUGACAUUAACAUUUAAAUUGCACUUUAUUAAAGAUAUAUACGGUAAAUUAGGGAAAAUAAUUUACAUUAUUUUAUAGAAUAAAAAGUGAAAUAUAAAGUGACACAGUGUGAGUGUUUGAAAAGAAAAUUCAUGAGCAAAAAUAUCAAAACAAUCAGUGAACUUAAGUUUAUGUUGUGAUGAAAAUAUUCAGAUAAACUCUCCAAUUAAAACAUUUAUUUAACUUAGCAGAAAGAAGAUGUUCUUUUUUUUCCAGAAGUUUAAUUUUUACUGCUCAUUUAUGUUGAAAGUCGAGAACAUCGAUUUCUAAAAUGAAAAUUUAAUUUAGUGUUUGAUUUAAGCUUUGUUUUGGUUUGAUGUGUUUUAUUUCUGCCUUACACAUAUGCUGUGUUUUUGUUAAUUAAUCAUAAAAUGUUGCUGCGUCUGUCCUUCAUUUACUGCAACACAAACAUUUCAGUUUAGAUGUUUUUCUCUUUUUGUUUCUGUAUUUUUCAACCAAUCAUUUUGUUUGCAUGUUAAUAACAAGAUGAAGAUUCAUUUUAUUUCAUUUUUAUCUGACAUCUUUAGACAUCAAGUUGUUGCCUAAAAUAAGCUCAGAGUGCUCCAACUGACCAAAGAGUGAUUUAAGACUUCAGAUGAAAAUUUACUGGUCAAACUGAAUUGACAUUUCAGAAUAAAAGCACUGCAAUUAUUUGACUCAAAUACGAUGUGAAAAUGUCGGACGGACGAUGCAAAUGAAAUCUGUUUUGCUGUUAGAACAUUCUGACUGUAAUUUAAAUCUUUGUGUUUACACUGAGACUCUUUCACUGUUUUCUACCUUUAAAAAAAUCAAUAAAUCUCUGCUGUUGACGUCA